AUGAUUUAUCAGUUUACUGUCCCUCAACAAGAUGGGCAACAACUCCAUCAGUGGCUGCACGAGGAGAAAAAGGUUGACCUCGUCGACGGCAGAUUUCUAUAUAUUGUUAUGCCAUUUAUACAUUGUAUUACUACAUUUGGAAAUGAAUUGCAUUUAGUUUACUUUGCUUUGAUUCCCCUGCUCAAAAUUGUCUUUGCAAUGUUUAGUGGGGUUUCAGUUAUAGAGCUAUGCCAACACCGAUUUUUACUAUGUAAUCAAGAUUCCACACAACAUCUGUUUGAAGUAGCUGCUGGACUAGAUUCCCUAGUACUAGGAGAAGGUCAAAUUCUUGCACAGGACAAUCAGGUUGUUAAGAAUGGUCAGGGGGUCCCUGGCUUUGGUAUGAAAAUAGUUGGCCUAUUUAAGCAUGCAAUCACAGCUGGUAAGAGGGAGAGAACCGAGACCAAUAUUUCCAAUGGAUCAGUGUCAGUCAGUUCAGCAACAGUGGAGCUUAUACUACUGAAACUUUCAGAGAUAAAGGAUAAAGUUGCUGCCAUCCGUGAGGAGUUGAUAGAUGCUGAGAUAAUAUACAAACCUUUCUCAGAAAUGUUAGCAUGUGCUGCUCAGGCUGAUGUAAUAUUCACCUGCACUGCUUCGGAAGCUCCUUUAUUCAUAAAGGACAAUAUUCAAGCUCUCCCUUCUGUGAACUCUGAAGAUGGGGGUCAGAGGCUAUAUAUUGAUAUUUCUGUUUCUUGGAAUGUAGAGCCUAGUGUCUCAGAACUUGAAGGUGAAUAUGGUUACAAUGUGGACUAUCUUAAAGAGGUUGUGGAAGCUAAUAAAGAGGAUCAUUGUUUCAGAUCUGUGUUUUCUGGAAAUUUGUUGAACUCCACGAGUAAAAGCUCUUUGCUUUUCUUCAAUGCUUCGACUUUCUGUAACAUGUGA